AUGGCAAACACGUUCAUUAUCCAGGCACUAAUCGCUCUGGUGGGAUUUCUUGUCUACCACCAAGUGUUUCGAAAACCCAAGAGGAAUCUUCCCCCCGGGCCAAAAGGCCUCCCAUUGAUUGGCAAUAUAUUUGAUCUCCCUUCGAAAGAAACACCAAAUCAUGUACAUUGGAAAUCACUCAACGACAAGUAUGGACCAGUUGCUUCCGUCACUGUCCUGGGACAGUCCAUGAUCUUCAUUGCCGACAGAGAGGCCGCACAAGAGAUUAUGGAGAAGAAGUCCCAGGCGUCUUCUGGGCGCCCUGUUUUGCAGUUUGCCAACUACUGUGGCUUUGGGGACUUUAUCUCCCUGCACCAGUUGGAAAAGCGGUUUACUUCUCAGCGGAAACUUAUGCACAAGGCUAUUGGGACCAAGGUCUUGGCGACCAAGUAUGCGGACAUACAGCAACGAGAAGCUGGACGGCUGCUGCUUCGAACACUACAGGAUCCCCAGAAGAUUGUUAAACACUUUGAAACUGAAGCCGGCGCAAUCAUCCUCAAAAUCGUAUACGGCUAUACCAUCAACCCUCAUGGUCCCGACCCCUUGAUUGGGCUGAUUGACCGCAUGAUGGCCAACUUCUCCCGUGCUUCCGUUCCGUUUACACGACUCGUCGAGUUUAUACCUGCCUUGAAAUGGCUUCCCGAUGGCUUCCCUGGCACGGGCUUCAAGGCGGAGGCUAAUCAGUAUGGCAAAGAAAUCCGCGCCGUCAUCAACGAACCUUACAAAUUUGUUCGCAAACAAAUGAUUGAUCAUAAUAUUAUGGGUUCAUACGUUGCGAGGCUUGUUCAGGAGUGUAUUGGUGAUGCAGAUGAGCCGAACGAAGCCGACGCCUAUACUAUUAAAUGGUCUGCUGCUGCAUUAUACGGAGGCGGAGCAGAUACCACUGUCUCGACUCUCAUCGGCUUCAUCCUAGCCAUGACCAUGUUCCCGGAAGCCCAACGCAAAGCCCAAGAGGAAAUCGAUAGAGUCACCGGUGGCACUCGUCUACCUGUGCUUGCUGACCUAGACCAAAUGCCAUAUGUCGAAGCAAUGGUAUCCGAGGCCCUCCGCUGGUGCCCAAUCCUACCAAUGGGCGUCCCUCAUGCCAUGUCUGAGGAUAUGACAUACAAAGGCUACGACUUACCCAAGGGAGCGUACAUCUUCCCAUCCAUAUGGAGCUUCACGCACGAUCCUGCUGUCUACACCGAUCCUGACGCGUUUGCCCCUGAACGCUUUCUCGCGCCGCGAAACGAGCCUAAUCCGCGAUGGGCAGUCUUUGGUUUUGGGAGGAGAGUUUGUCCCGGACGAUAUCUCGCUGACUCUUCUCUGUUUCUUAACUUGGCCUAUCUUGUGGCUGUUUUCGACAUCAGCAAGGCGAUGGACGAGCAGGGCAACGUGAUUGAGCCAAAGUUGGAAUUUGAGGCGGGCAUUAUUGCGAAGCCGAAGUCGUUCCCUUUUCAGAUUACCCCGAGAAGUGAGAGACAUGCACAGCUAAUAAGGGGUAUUGAGAAGGAGCAUCCGUGGGAGGAGAGUGAUGCUCCUCUGCUUGGUGAAUUGCCGCCUCCGUCGCAUUGA